AUGGCUGCCCCAUCAAUGGCUGACCCGCGAUCCCCAGACUCAUGCUCCUUUCGAAACUUUUGCAAACUUCCUACAGAACUGCGACUCAAGAUCUGGAACUACAAUCUCCCUCCCACGCGCCUCGUCCCGAUUCAGUACGGCUCUUCAUGGCCCGGCAGCUCAGAUUCUCCCUCGUGGACUGGAUGUACUUCAUCAGCGACCAUUCCCACCAACCUCCAUGCCUGCAGCGAAUCGCGCAGUGAAGCCCUCAAGUACUACGGUCUUGGCUUUGGCAUCGCUCGUGGUCCUGGUCAAGUUUUCCUCGACCCGGAUCAUGAUAUCCUCUACUUUGGCCCUCGCGAUGGAUACAUGGCCGCAGACUCUCAAUUUCAAACAAUCAUGUCCAUGUGCGACCCAGAAGAACUAGCUCUCGUUCGCCGCCUCGCAAUCAACGAUGCUCUAUUCUGGGUCGACGAUUCCUACCGCUCCAUGACUGCAGCCAGUCUCACUGUUGAGCUACUCCGACGCAUCCAGUCCCGCAUGCCUGGUCUCGAAGAGAUUAUCUUUGUUCCUCGCCCAGAGGAGUCGCGGGGUUCGGAAUGCUACAUAGAGCCCUCCAUGGUUUACAUGCGUAUGGCCCACCAGAUUCGGACUGCCCUUGCGACUCUGUGUGAGCAAACACCCGGCUGGACACCACCAUGCUGGAGCAUUCUACCACUCAGCGCUUUUCAAAGCGUUGGCGCUGUUUAA